GUGAAUUGUUACGUUACGAAAUGGAAUGUCUCGCUGACGUCAAAAGUUCAAAAUAACUGAAAGUUCGAAGGAUUUUAAGUAUAACAUACAAAAAAUGAUAGCAAAUCGCAUGUUGAAGUUUGUUUUUAUCAGUCACUGUGUUAUUUCCUUAGUGCAGUCUGUGGCCUAUAUUCCGGAGGGAGUGUUAAUUCUCGACCUAAUUAUGCGGUGCUUGUUAUGUUUGAGUGCUUUGUUUGUAAUUGUUGUUGGUGAUCCUGGUUACAAAAAGUGGUCAAAUCUCGAACCUUCAUUAUCUUUAGGUAGACUUCUCGAGCAACAGGUAAUUGAAGGUGGUGUGUCUAGCUCUGUAAAUGUUGAUUUGCUUGCUGACAUUAUAUCAGCUUGGAAAUUUUUCAAAAUUCACUUUAAACGAGUUUAUGAUAGCAUUCAUGAAGAAACAAGGCGAUUCUUUGUAUUCGGGGCUAAUUUCGUCAAGAUGGUGGAGCACAACCACGCCUACCAAGAAGGCAAAGUGACGUACAAAAUGGGUGUCAAUGAAUUCACUGAUAAAACUGACUAUGAACUUAAAAAGUUGCGUGGAUAUAAAGUUACUGGUGGUGCCAUGAAACAUAAAGGAUCAACGUUUAUUAGAUCAGAACAUACUAAACUCCCGGGCAGCGUUGACUGGCGAAGAGAAGGGGCAGUAACCGAUGUAAAAAAUCAAGGUCAGUGUGGUUCAUGUUGGGCAUUCUCUACAACGGGAGCUAUAGAAGGUCAACACUAUCGUAAAACCAACCAUUUAGUUAAUUUGUCUGAGCAGCAAUUGGUUGAUUGUAGCAAGAGUUACGGAAAUAAUGGUUGUUCUGGUGGUCUCAUGAACUCAGCGUUUGAAUAUGUUCGCGACAAUGAAGGCAUUGAUUCUGAGAUUUCUUAUCCAUAUAUAUCUGGUAAUGGAACGGAAAAUAUGAAAUGUUUAUUCAACGCUUCAAACAUUGUGGCUCAAGUUUCAGGCUAUGUAAGCAUACACGAAGGUGACGAGCGUGCAUUAAUGGAUGCUGUGGCGACAAAAGGUCCUGUUUCAGUUGCCAUUAAUGCUGGUCUUCCCAGUUUUUCUAUGUACAAGUCAGGUAGGUGGUUUCAUAUAUAACGAUUAUUAUUCUCAUCCAAUGGCAAGAUCUUUAAAAAUUUUGUCACAAUAAACAGUCGCAUAUCUAUAUUUUAAUUACAUUUUAAAUAGCCCUCAGUUUUAGUUGUUGUGUAGUGAAAAAAGCAGAAUAAUGGCGAGGACAAGAAUUCUUAUGUAAGCAGUUAUGUUUUUGCGUAGUUUAUACUCUCAUUAGUUGUGUACAACGGAUUUAUGACAGCUGUCUGUAAAAUUCUAGUAUACUGACGACCCUGAGCUGACCGAUCAAUACUAAAGUUACACCACGUAUUUUGUGUGAAUAUAUGACGCAGUGAUAAAUAACGUGUAGGUUAUCAUUGAUCAAGUAAAAGUUGGUAAUAUUUGGUUCUUGGAAUUCUUGAAGUCAACCAAAAUGCCUAUCACGCAACCGGAAAGCGUAUAUUCUAUGGUGCUUACGCUAAGUUACAAAACACCUGCCCCCAAGGCAGAUUGUAUGUUAAAGUGCUUGGUGCAGCUCAUUGCGUAAUCAAGUGUGUUUAGUGAAGCUGGAUAAUGUUUGCCGUUUUCCUAAUCUUACUGUAAAUCUCAACCCUAAGCUUCCGACGUCGAACUGGAAUUGUGAGUUAGGUUUACAAAUUAGGGUCAGGGUUUUCAACACUUACUGAUAUCAGCUAUAAUUUAAUACCUUCACUUCAUAUCUUUCCUUCCACUAACUAAUUCUUUCUUCCUAUACUAUAUCCUUAUAUGCAGUAUUUCUCCUAUAUAUUACCACCUUUGACCUAACCACUCCUAUGAAUCCGGUGUUCAUCUUGCUGUGCUAAUGAGUUAUGGCAACCUGGACCGAUGCACAUAUGUGCCUGGUCCUACGUUGUAGCUGACUGACUGAAUACCUUACCACCUUCCUGUUUGGAAACUUGAGAUCUAAUUAUGUACUGCUAUGGUUUCUGCCCAUUCAAACUUCAUUAGGACUACUUAACUUUGAAUAUCUUAUUUUGUUCUGUUAUUUGAAACAGUUAUGUGCAUAAAGCUUAUAAAUUUGUUUACUAGUUUUAAUUUCAGUCGAUGGUAAUAUUACAUUUGAGCUUCCUACUGCCACUGUCAGUCAAGCUCAUAUCAGAACAGUCAAGUUAAGCACUAACUGAAAAUCUUUAUUUUUGAGGUUGCGUAGGAUUUUAUUUUUUACACAAAAAUGUGUAUAUGUUUACUAUUGUUACCUUUUUUAUUAUUUAGGUGUCUAUUCAGAUAUUGGUUGUGAAGGUACGUUAGAUGCCCUUGAUCAUGGGGUUCUGGUGGUGGGUUAUGGAAAAGAAAAUGGUCAUUCAUACUGGCUUAUAAAGAAUAGUUGGGGUGAAGAUUGGGGUGAAAACGGUUAUAUCAAAAUCCUAAAGGAUUCUCAUAAUAUGUGUGGUGUCGCCAGUGCAGCUUCAUACCCUCUGGUAUGAAAUAUUUGCUUGCAGAUAUUAAGAUUUUAAGACAGUAAUCCAAUCUCGAUUUUUUGAUUUUUAUACAGAACUAAUUUGAUGUACAUAAUCCUAUAUUUCGUUGAUAAUUUAUUUGUAUUCCCUCUUUUAUAACUUGUUUGUAAUCAGUGUGAUUUUCUCCACUCAUACUUUGCCUUUUUCCAUCAUCGCGUAGUAUGCGAUUAAUCGUUGUCCUCUUAAAUAAUUACAGCUUUUACGAAUUAAAAGGUAUAGGACCUCAGUGAGGAAAGUUGAAACUUUAUUUUAGUUGUUAUUCUUGACUCUCAAAUGUCACAUAACCUGUAAGCAUUUUAAGUUAGUAAUAUUUUAGAUGGUAAGACUUCUACCAUAGUUGCUAAAUUAAGGUGAUAAACAUACUUUGUCAUGAUUAACCUCCACACCUGUUCCUCACGAUUUCUCCAUGUCAGACAGGCUGAUUAAGACAUGUUUCGACUGAAGGAAACAUUGGUGAGACUAUAAUCUAUGGACGACCUUUGAGCGACACUAAACUGACCUUCAGAGUGUCCACCCACUAACUAGGACUGUUUAUUAACCAGUGUGAGGGAUUAGAAUUAUGAUUUACAGUCGUUGGUUAGAGUUAGGAAUUAGAUCCAGGGUUUUCAUCACGAAUCGACAUAAGCUAGAACGAUAAGACGGAUUAAUGGAUAUCACGCCAAAAUCCAAAGCCUGUUAUCUUAAAUGUGGUUGUUUCGUCCAUAAAUUAUAGUCUCACCGAAACAUUUUUAGGUCAAAAUGCGAUGUCUUACCAACUGUUGGGAACUUACUGUAGCGGGAGAAUGUUUCGUUUGGUUAGUCUGUGUCUUAGGCGAUAUUAUUGUAGCAUAUCUCUCCCGUCACACGCCUACGUGGCUUGUUCGAGCCUCUGGAUGAGCAUAUUGUUUGUCAUCUCCCCGCUUUACUUAUCGCGUAUUUAGCUUUGCCAUUGACUCAUGUGUGACUUUGGGUAUGCUCUGUACAUGUGCGUAUGCUAGUAUGUAUUUCAGUAUACUUUUAUCUCUUUCAUGCUUAUAAAGACUGAGUCACCUGUGACUCACUGAGUUGAUUGUUUUUGUCUCACAUGCAUUUCUUUUCAUCUCUUAUCGUUUGCCUACAUUAUCGAAUGUCAGGAAUAUAUGUCUCUCAACCGCG